UUCAACCUCACCUCUUGGGACAAAUUCUGCAGCAAUGCCAUUAGCUGGCCAUAAAUCCACUCAAUUUUUCAAAAUGAAGCAACAAGAUGAGCGAUCAUCUAAUGGGGAAAGCGGAAAGGCCCCAGAAACCAAGCUAUUCCAACAUUCGUGGCCUGAGAUUUCUAAACAACAUGAUAUUAUGCUGUCGUCGCAUCUAGAGAUGUUGCACCAGUUGAAGAGUCAAGUCCACUCCCACGGAGAGGAAUUCCAACUGGUAUCCAACAUGGUUGAUAAAACUAAGAGACUAAUUGCUCAGUUUGAGAUACUUAAGAAACGUGUGGUGCCAAAGCUCAACACAGCAAAACCGGAAUCGGACACUCAUUCGUCAGAAUCCAUGUCGACGUCAAGCAGUCGAAAGGAGCUAAAAAAAGAGCAACUCAAACGUCAUGCCGACCACAUGUAUGACCCGGAAGAAGACGGAGGGGCAGCAGCAGCGGAAAACCAAGACCCCCUGACUGCAAGGUCUCUAGCUGUCCACUCUAGCAAACGAAAACGUAUCGACGAAAUUAUUCCUGGAGCCGAUGAAGACCUAAGGCGUUUCUCACCUGUAUCAGUGGAGACCGAGGAUAUCUCAGAGGAGGUACAGCGAAGACUAAAGAUCAAGGAGGAACAACGCAGAAGACGGGAGACCUCGAAAGUGGACAAACGCAAGAGGGACAGUUUGACAUCUAACGGAAGCACAUCUUCGGCCAGAACCGGGACGAAACACACUAGGAAGAAGGCUAGAACUGGGACGAAGUGGAAUCGUUAGCCGUUGAUAAGUCCGGAUGUGUAACCCCAGAUUACCCCGGACUUACUCCAGACUUACCCCUACACUUUCUCACCACUAUUCUUAGACAAGGGCCAGACAGACUGAGUUCGGCAAGCAGGGGCCUAGCCAUUGGGUCAUACUAUUGGCUAGCCCUAUGUACUAUAUCCAGAAACCUUAUUGUUAGCGGAAGAGAUAUU